GGAAGGAAGAAGCAGCCUCUCUCCAAGAUGGCGGCGACCAUAGACAACAGCAAUGCCGUACAGGCGACGAAGAAAAAGCACCUCGGGAUCCCUGAAGCUGUGUUUGUGGUGCGUAACUCCGCGUAUUUAUCUCUCUUAAGAGCGUCCACUGUGGGAGUUGGCGGCUGAAAACACGCCCGUGUCCGCAGAGAGAGUGUGUGUGGACGCGUCAUGCUGCUACAUGCUAACAGGCUAAGUUAGCCAGAGAGCUAGCUGAGUUAAUCCUGCUGAGGGUGCAGACAGGGCGGCUACCACCUCCAUCUAUGGACCUCAGACUGUCAGAGAGCUUACUGCUGCGACAAAAUCACUUAAAACUACAGGCGGAUGUAACACAGGGACUGAAAAAAUGACAUAUAUGAUAUUUAACUACAUUUUAAAGGCGUUUAGAUGUGUGUCAGCUCUGUGAAUCAGGUGAUUUAAGCGUUAAGUUUGGGGUUAAAAAGGUCCAAUUGCAGGAUAUUCAUUGAAACAUUCAGGACAAACUUUAAGUUGGGUUAACAAACAUUAAAUAGAAGACGUAGGAGACACACAGAGUUUUUAUUUGAUACUUAUUUGUUUGGUUAUUACUUUAAAAAAGCAGGACUUGUUUUGUCAGGACCACCAUCUUCUUAAUGAUAAACUAAAUAUGCCCCUUAAAAGACAAACCAACGAGUAGAUUUCACUCACAUUCACUUAAUUCACUGCUACAAUUUUCACAAGGAAGUGGGCCCAGAGUGGAUCCUUAUGGUACUCCUGUAAAGAUUUAAUAAUUACAGUGAUUUUUUUUUAAAGGGAUAUUCCAGCGUUAAAUCAAUUUAGGGUCAAACACUCUCUAACAUCAAGUUAGAUACCCCAUACAGAGAUGAAUGUUGCUGACUGCUUGCUUCUCUAGUCACACCAACUUUAGUAACAACCGCACGAUAGCAAUACAGAGAGCCAUGUGCUCAACCAAAACGCCACUCUAUAGCCACAAAUAAUGUUCAGAACAGCGACUAACUUCAUCAACAGGACAUAUAGGGUCACAGACAAAGUACUAGUCACCAAACAUCUUUUUAACUUUGCCUAAUUUCUUUAGCAAAGAGACUAAACACAAAUCACCUACUCUCUUUCCGCAGCCGCUUGUUUGUAGCAAGACCUCAGGCCAGUCCAUUACGGACUACAGUGGAGUUUCGCAGCUCAAGGAAGAACACUUGUGAUCUUUUUCUUCAUCAUUUCCUUGAAGUAAUAAUCACCAUAUUAAUCAUUUUGCACUGCAGACACGGUAGUUCUUCUGCCUUAGCAUCUCGGUCUGAUUGCAUAUCCAUGAGAGAUGAUUAUAAAUGUUCUUCCUUCAGCUGCGUCACCCCACUGUAGUCCAUAUAGGUUUCACUACGAACAAGCGGCUGCUGGAAGAGAGUAGGUGAGUUGUGUUUAGUCUCUUUGUUAAAGACAUUUGGCAAAGUUAAAAAGAUGUUUGGUGUCUAGUGCUAUGGCUGGGACCCUAUAUGUCCUGUUGAUUAAGUUAGGUGCUGUUCUGAGCAUUAUUUGUGGUUAUAGAGUGGCGUUAUUUUUUCAACUAACUUUUUUCACAUGUUCUCCUAAGUUGAAAAGUAAGGAGCACACAAAGAAUUUUCAGGGCACAAUGAAAAUUAAUCAAAUAAUGUGUGUCUUAUCGUCUGAACUUAGUACUUUGAUUUGAAAUCAAUUUUAUGUCAAUUGGUCACAUGACAUGGAAGCUAUUGAAAAAAACAGCCUAUUUUGAGAACAUCAACCAGUAAUUUAUUGAUGGUCCCUUAUUCAACACCCGAUGUUGACAGCAAGGAUGCCGAGUAGAUUUAACCGCGCUGCUGUUGUUAUUCCUGGUUAUGGAGAGUGAGAAGACAUCGGUAGAUCCGCAGUGAAUGUCUGUCGGAUAUCCAACAUGAUAUACAUUUGAGAUGAUUUAAAUACCAGAUAGUUUGUCCACUGUUGCUUAUUUUUCACUAGAUACGUCAUGUUUCUGAACUCUCAUGAUCAGCUGAUGUUUUUGGGUUAAUUAUCUUUUAUUUCUCACAUUUAGAUGUCAGUCAGGUCAGUAUCUGUGAGUCACUCUGUUCUCUCUGCUGGGUUUCACAGGAGGAUGUCGACUCGUUCAUGAAGCAGCCGGGCAACGAGUCGGCAGACUCGGCGCUGCGGAAGCUGGACGAACAGUACCAGAAAUAUAAAUAUAUGGAGCUGAACCUGUCGCAAAAGAAGCUCAGGUAAAAACACGCAAUCAUUACCACUAAAAGAAUCAACAUCCACACGUUUUUUUUUGGUCUUGGACUCAAGUUUGUUUCUUCUCUUGAUCUGAAGGUUGAAAAAUCAGAUCCCACAAAUCACACAAACGCUAGAAAUCCUCCGACACAUGCAGAAGAAAAAGGUGAGCGAACGGACUCUGAAAUGUGUCUGAAAACGGUGUUAAAAUAUCUCGUUUUUAAACCUUAUUCCCGUGUUUCUUCCAGGAGACCACAGACCCCAUGGAAACCUUCUUCAUGUUGGCGAACAAUGUUUACUGUAAGGCUUCAGUGCCGCCCACCGAAAAAGUCUGCCUAUGGUUAGGGGUGAGUACAACUCCAAUUCAAAAUGAAAUUACUAAUUAAAUGGUUAAAAAGUGUUUAGAUGACGAAGUGGUUUAAAAAAAAAAGAUUGUUUUGCAAAAAACUUGGCCUUCAUUCAUCCAAGCAGCCACAAAGCAUGCUGGGACACAUAGCGAUAUUAAUCAGGCUGAUGGCGCCACUUUUUCAGAAUUCAAAGGAAGUGGCAAACUAUUAAAGCUCCUGUGGGGGAGUUAUUGUAAGUCUUGGCGCCCCCUAUCUUUGGUAAUCAUGUCAUGAACAUGCUCAAGUAGUGUCUUGCGUCAAAAAAAUCUCAUCCUGCUGAUUUUUCACAGUCAAACAUUUCAUUUAUUGUGAAUAUUUCAUGUGGAAAAUAUGAAAACAGCUCUCUCUGAAGUUGUUUGGCUGCCAUUCCCCCUCACACCAGUUUUAGACAUUCAGACUAAAACAAAUCCAGUCCCCUUCAUAAAGAAAACACAGGUUUGUAGACCCUAACUGUGGUCUGUUUUACACACCCUCCCCCACCCUCGACAUCCUCCCCCUCCAAAGGCCAACGUCAUGUUAGAGUACGACAUCGAUGAAGCCCAGGCUCUUCUAGAGAAGAAUCUAUCCACGGCGUCUCGCAACCUGGAGACACUCGAGGAGGACCUGGACUUCCUGAGAGACCAGUUCACCACCACGGAAGUCAGUAUCCUUUCGCCCUGCAGGCACAAGAGGAAAAAGUCCCGCUUUGUUGGUGUUUUAAAAUGGUUUUUGUUAAAAUGGUUUCAUGUUUCAGAGAAAAACAGACAUCUGCUUUGAGCUCCAGCUGCGAUAAGCCUCCAUUUUGAAUAUGUCGGUGUAGACUAGACCAGGAAAACCGGUUUAGUGUUUCCUCCUGGUACAAGGACGUGCUGGUGAAGUGCAAUUGGAGCGUGAUGCUUUAUGAGUGAAAUCAACAAAACAAAUAAUGAAAAAAGUUACACAAAGUGUUUCUAAGAUUUUCACACUUAUGUUGCAACACGAAAAAGUGAGUGUAGCUGAAGUCAGAAUUAAGAGGACAAAAAACUCUGAGGUAAAACAGUCAUAAUUCAAAGAAAAUAAUUCUGAAAUGUAAGAAAAAAAAUCAAGAAUGAGGACAAAAUGGACAAAUCUAAAAAAAAAAAAGACUGCUGAGCUAAAAUUUAAGUGUCAGAGAAGAGCCAAAAGUUCUUGGAAGAAAAGAAGCAAAAUUUUGACAAAAGUUAAAAUUUAUAAAAAGGUAGAAUUAGAAUCUUAAAAAAAGGAAUUUUAAGGAAAAAAUUUUUUACUUCUUUUGUAAAAAAAAAAAUAAUAAUUCUGUGGAGUCCUGGAAUUCUUUGAAAGAAAAGUCAGAAAUCUGAAAAAAAGUCAACAUUUUGCAAAAAAAAUUAAAACUCUGAAAAAAAAAUUUGAGGGGAAAAGUGUGACUUCUUAAGGUCCUUACACACGGAAAUAAUUUUUAUUUCGUCCGAAAUAAUGCACAAAAAAAAGCUUCUGGAAAAAAAUCUGUGGAAUUCUGUGAAAGAAAAAUCUGAAUUUUGCAAAAACAAAUUAGAAUUCUGAAGGAAAAAAGUUUGAGGGGAAAAAGUGUGACUUAUCAGACAUGAUAAAAAUCCCUAAUUUUAUGAUAAAAUUCUGGUUUAACAAAAUUUUAACUCUUCAGUGGCUUAUUUAAGAGGACUGCUGUGGCAGAUUUUUGUCAGUGGUCUGCCAAUUAACAUUUUUUUCCCAAAUACAUCAGUCCUCAGAAUACUGCGUGUCUUUGCACCAAUAAAGUUCACAUACCAGUAAUAUUGACAUUGAAAUGAACUAAAAAGGUUUGUGGUGUAUUUUCCUGAACUCCCGCCCCCCUCAGACAUGGCACGAGUCUACAACUGGGACGUGAAGAGAAGGAGCAAAGAAAACCUCCUUAAAUCAGCAGAAAAGUCUUAAUACCAACCGAACAGCACCGACACCCCUCUGCUAACUCUCUCACUCUUCUUAGUCAAUAAAAACAACCCCUGAAGUCAUGUGUAUGUUCACCCAGAGCUCCCUCCACUGUUUUCCGUUGAUUUGUUACUUUUUAAAGUAUUUUUUCAAGUAAAAACGAACAAAAACACAAAGACAACGAGGCAGUUUUUUGUAUUCUUUUGAAUGGUUUGAGUUUGUUCCUGUUAUCUCUGGCAGAACGAGAGCGAGGGUCACCUUCUCUUCCUGCAUUUUCCUCCUCUUUUAUUUUUUCUUCACUUGUUGGACUUUUUACUUGAGUUGAAGCUUACCUAGUCUCUCCGGUAGAAUCAGGCUUGUUCGAAGAAGAAUACAGAUCAGUUUUUGCUCACGGCGGGACUCGAAGGAGCUCAGAGGGAUCACUUUAGUCCUCCUUUAUCUGUCCACAUUCAUCCUCUCAUUUUUCUCCUCCUCUUCCUUCCCUUUUCAGCUGCUGUUCUGUCUGUAUUUAUUUGACUCUCACUGUAUUCAUUAUAAACAUGAAUGAAGUAAAAGAAGACACUUUGGGCAAAGAGACGAGGUCUUAUCUGCUGUUCUUUGUUUCUUCUUUUCCUGAUCAAAACUCACCACAGAUGAAAAAUAAUCUCAGAUCAUCAGAUAAAUAAAAAAGUCUAAAUUUG